AUAAUUUGGUUGUAAUCUAGAUCCUCUAUGAGGCUGUGGAUUUAAAAGAAAACAUGAAUCAUCAGUGUACAGUGACACCUUUUUUUUAAAACCCUGGAUUAAAAGGGACUUCCUUUUUAAAUGCAUUUUUACAGGGGCGUCAAAUGUAUUCCAUGGAGGGCCUAGUGUCCGCUGGUUUUGUUUAUUUCCUUUCAAUUAAGACCUAGACAACCAGGUGAGGGGCGUUCCAAACUAAUUAGUGACCUUAGUUCAAUCAAUCAAGUACAAAGGAGGAGCGAAAACCCGCAGACUCUCGGCAAAAUAAGUUUGACAAGUGCAUUUAUAGAUGAUAAAAUGCUACUUUCAGAUCCACUAAUGGUUUGGGUGUUUUGAUAACAAUGUCAGUUUAUAUACCAAAUAUGUAUUAAAUGUAUUGUAUUGCAGUCAUAUCCACACUGUUCAGUUUUGUUUCUGUUUCCAAUGAACUUGCAAAUGUUUCUUCAAUUGUGGCAAUUUGGGAGUUGUACUAUCACAGUUGCCUUGGACCCGUGAAAGCUAUCAGAAUACUCAGGAACCAAUCAGCCUCUUGAGACAUUGAAAUUAUGUCUCCAAAAAAUAAUUUGCUCAAACCCCAAAUAUGCAUGGGGAAAAGCACACGUUCUUGAAGAAUGACAUACUGACUGACUUGCUACUUACUUACUGCAAGCGGGCUACACCAGUGAAAAAUUGACGUCACAUCUGCCUGACCUGCGUAUUGGAUAGACCAUGUGCAGGUGGGACAAUGUUGGUGAGGUUCCGAAGCCAACACGUCCGGUCUUCAGUGGCCCAUUAGAUUUUUAUCCAGUGAACUAGUACGACAGUUCACGUCAUGGGAAGAAUCAGCUUAUCAUGCUUCCCAGCCUCCUGGCACUUCAGCCUGUCUCCCCUGGUUCUACCCAGUGUCCCACUACCUUCAUUCAGGCAGCUGCUCUUCUUUGGUCUGCUGGUGGGACUGCUAGGACUGAUUUACCUAUUGCUGGUAACAGGAAAGGGCCAGGACAGCUGGAACAGAAAGGACAACUAUUUCCACAGACACUUGGCGAGGGUCACAGAUGUGGAGGCCACAGACACUAGCAAUCACAACCUAAACUAUGGUCUGGUGGUGGACUGCGGCAGCAGUGGCUCCAGGGUGUUUGUGUACUGUUGGCCCAGGCACAAUGGUAAUCCCCAUGACCUGCUUGACAUCCGACAGAUGAGAGAUCAGCACAGGAAGCCAGUGGUCAUGAAGAUCAAACCAGGUAUCUCGGCACUAGCAAAAACACCAGAGAAGGCCAGUGAUUACAUCCACCCCCUGCUGAGCUUUGCUGCCCGGCACAUUCCUAAACACAAGCACCAGGAGACCCCUCUGUACAUCUUGUGCACAGCUGGAAUGAGGGUGCUGCCUGACAGUCAACAGGAGGCACUGCUUGAGGAUCUACGGACUGACAUCCCUGUCCGUUUCAACUUCCUCUUCUCUGAUUCCCAUGUGGAGGUCAUUUCUGGCAAGCAGGAAGGUGUGUAUGCAUGGAUUGGAAUCAACUUUGUCCUUGGAAAGUUUAAUCAUGUGGAUAGUGAGAGGGAUGCAGUAGUAGAGGUGCAGGUACCAGGAGGUGACCAGCAGGAGGCGCUGGUGAGGACACGGACCGCCGGUGUUCUGGACAUGGGUGGCGUCUCCACACAGAUAGCAUACGAAGUGCCCAAAACUGUAAGCUUUGCUUCUCCACAACAGGAGGAAGUGGCCAAAAAUUUGCUUGCAGAGUUCAACCUGGGUUGCGAUGCCCACCGGACAGAGCAUGUCUACCGGGUGUAUGUGUCUACCUUCCUGGGAUUUGGAGGAAAUGCUGCUCGACAAAGAUACGAGGAGAGUAUUGUCAUGAACACUCUCACUAAAAACAAGCUCCUGGGUCAACAUGUAGGUGAGACAGGAGAGUCCCCCCUCCUGGACCCAUGCCUACCCUCAGACCUGCAGGAUGAGGUGGGGCCAGCCACACAGAAACUCCACCUGCUUGGCACGGGGGAUUUUGAUCACUGUAGACAGCUGCUUCAGCCCUUCCUCAACCACACCAAUGAGACUCACUCCUCCCUCAAUGGCAUCUACCAGCCUCCCAUUGACUACCCCAACAGCCAGUUCUAUGGGUUCUCUGAGUUCUAUUACUGCACAGAGGAUGUGUUGCGCAUGGGCGGGGAUUUUAACUCCUCAAAGUAUGCCAGUGCUGCCAAGAGUUACUGCGCCACCCAGUGGAGAACUCUGAAAGAGCGAUUUGACUCAGGCUUGUAUGGCUCUCACGCUGAUGUUCACAGGCUCAAGUACCAGUGUUUUAAAUCAGCCUGGAUGUAUGAGGUAUUUCACACAGGCUUCUCCUUCCCUAUGGACUACAAAAACCUGAGGACUGCCCUUUUGGUCUAUGAUAAAGAGGUACAAUGGACUCUUGGAGCCAUCCUUUACAGAACCCGUUUUUUGCCUUUGAGGGAUAUUCAGCAGGAGAGUCUGAAAGGAGUCCACUCCCACUGGCGUCACAGCUUCUCCUUUGUCAACAACCACUACUUGUUCUUGGCCUGCUUCCUGGUUGUCCUCCUAUCCAUCCUGCUCUACUUGCUGCGCCUCCGACGUAUCCACAGCUGUACCACGCAACGCUGCACCCCCUCUACUGUUAAGUGGCUAGAGGAGGGUCUCAGCUCCCACCCACUCCCUAUCACCCUUUAGACUUCACAUCUGUCACUCCAAAAUCAGCCUUUUCUUCCCCAGCUGGAAUCCAUUUGCCUGCACCUUUAUGUUAAGGUCUUCAUUUCUUAGCUGGAAAUGACAAAGACUAGAACUUAGUUGGAUUUUGAAUGAGUCCAAUGAACAGAGACGUCAGACAGCAUUGGAAUGAACUGGUGUGAGGGAGAUUGCAUGUUGAGUUUGCACCAUCCAUGAAAUUCUUUGUUAAUGUAUUUUUUUAUGAUAUCAAAAUAUCUGCCUUUUUUUAUUUUUCUGGAAAUGUGAACAAGGUACAAAAAGCGUAACUAUCCUUGCCUGAAGUUUGUGAGGUCCCAUCCGUACAUGGUCCAGUUAGGCAGGCUUGUUCAAGCUUCCUGUAAGGUUCAAAUGGCAGCUGCCUCACAACUUACCCUAAUUAGUCAUUCCUAAAAUGGCAUAUUGUGAAAGAAUGCCCCUAAACUGCUGUUUUUUCCAAUGAAGGGAGCACAUCAUUGAAUGAAUGUGACAAGACAAUAGUAGGUUUAUGAGGAGGAUGAUGAAACAGUUGCUGUUUUACAGUACAUAUUUAUAGAUUCACUGUUCUUGAGUAGAGUUUCACUUAUCUGUCACAUUAUCCUGAUGCAAUUUAAUUUCAGUGUCUCUGUUUGCAUUUUGGGUGCAUGAUCAGUGAAUGUUUAUUGGUUGUGGGGAGGAAUGUUGUGCACCUCUGUUCACCUUCAAAGUUUACUGCUCUGCUUGGCACCUGUCAUACUUUGAUUUACAGCUUAUUUUUUACUUAGUUUUCUUCUGUGGCGCAGAAGUCUAAGGUUAUGCAUUUCAGUGCAAGAGGCGUCACAAUAGUACCUGGUUCAAAUUCAGGCUGUAUCAAAUCCGGCUGUGAUUGGGAGUCCCAUAGGGCGGCACACAAUUGGCCCAGCGAUGUCCGGGUUUGGCCUGAGUAGGCCAUCAUGGUAAAUAAGAUUUUUUUUCUUAACUGACUUGCCUAGUUAAAUAAAAAUAUGCAGUUAACUACUUACAGCUCUUCAGAAAACACUGUUUUAAGUUUGUUUUGAUCUAUUGUAGUAGGCUUUUGUUACACUAGGUCCUUUUUUUCCUCACUUCCCCCCCAACCCUAUUUCCGAACAGGUAGUGUUUAUCAAAGCUGCAAUGGCGCAAUAUUUAUUAAUGUAUUAUCACUGGAGAGAUGCUCCAGUCCACAUCAGAUGAAUUCACAUCGAGGGUUCAGAGCUACAGUAGAGUAAAACUUUGCUGUCUCCUCAGUUCAAUGAAGUGACAGGGUGAAGAUAAUUUAAUAUACUGUCAAACUCACUGGGCUUUGUUUUUAGAAGCUGUUAUUUCACUGCUGUAAAGGGUAUAGUUUAUCAAAGCACAUAACACAUUUCACCCCAUGCUUCCUGAAGCAUCUCCCACAAGUUGGAUCGGCUUGAUGAGCACUUCUUACGUGCCAUACUGUCAAGCUGCUCCCACAACGGCUCAAUAGGGUUGAGAUCCGGUGACUGUGCUGGCCACUCCAUUAUAGACAGAAUACCAGCUGAUUGAUUCUUCCCUAAAUGGUUCUUGCAUAGUUUGGAGCUGUGCUUUGGGUCAUUGUCCUGUUGUAGGAGGAAAUUGGCUCCAAUUAAGCGCCGUCCACAGGGUAUGGCACCGUUGUUGCAAAAUGGAGUGAUAGCCUUCCUUCUUCAAGAUCCCUUUUACUCUGUACAAAUCUCCCACUUUACCACCACAAAAGCACCCCCAGACCAUCACAUUGCCUCCACCAUGAUUGAAAGAUGGUGUCAAGCACUCCUCCAGCAUCUAUUUUUUUGUUGUCUGCGUCUCACAAAUGUUCUUUGUGAUCCGAACACCUCAAACACGUUUUUUCCCCAAUAUUCCUCUGUCCAGUGUCUGUGUCCUUUUGACCAUCUUAAUAUUUGCAACUCUGCUUAGAAGGCCAGCAUUCCGGAGUUGCCUCUUCAUUGUUGAUGUUGAGAUUGGUGUUUUGCGGGUACUAUUUAAUGAAGCUGCCAGUUGAGGACUUGUGAGGCGUCUGCUUCUCAAACUACACACUCUAAUGUACUUGUCUCCUUGCUCAGUUGUACACCGGGGUCUCCCACUCCUCUUUCUAUUCUGGUUACAGCCAGUUUGCGUUGUUCUGUGAAGAGAGUAUUAAACAGCGCUGUAUGAAAUCUUCUGUUUUUUGGCCAUUUCUCCCAUGGAAUAGCCUUCAUUUCUCAGAACAAUAAUAGACUGACGAGUUUCAGAAGAAAUGGCUUUGUUUCUGGCCAUUUCGAGCCUGUAAUCGAACCCACAAAUGCCGAUGCUCCAGAUACUCAACUAGUCUAAAGAAGGCCAGUUUUAUUGCUUCUUUAAUGAGAACAACAGUUUUCAGCUGUGCUAACAUAAUUGCAAAGGGGUUUUCUAAUGAUCAGUUAGCCUUUUAAAAUUCUAAACUUGGAUUAGCUAACACAAUGUGCCACUGGAAUACAGGAGUGAUGGUUGCUGAUAAUGGGCCUCUAAGCCUAUGUAGAUAUUCCAUACAAAAUAUCUACAUAGCCGCUUCCAGCUACAAUUGUCAAUGUUGUAAAUGACUGUACACUAUUUCUGAUCAAUUUCAUGUUUAUUUUAAUGGAGAAAAAAAUAGAAAUGUCCUUGUUUUUGAAAGAAAAGCUAAGUGAUCCAAAAGUUUGGACACAACUACUCAUUCCAGGGUUUCUUUGUUUUACUAUUUUCUACAUUGUAUGAAAUAAUCAUGUAACCAAAAAAGUAAUAAACAAAUUCUUCAAA